UACUGGACGGGUAAAGAAGAGACGGAGGGCAAAAUAGACACCAAAACAGAUUGACACAGUGACAAGGACAUCCUGGUCAUAUAGUAGAGAAACUAAGAAAGGAAAGAGCAAGAAUACAAACAUGGACUUGAUCAUUUUUUACAGUAAACUCAUUCAGUGUUUCAUUUGAGAGGAUAAUCUCCAUUUGAAGUUACUUUUCUGUUUACCUGCUUGAGAAGCCUCAACCUAUCUGUUGCCCUGGACCUGCUGAGGAAAACACAGGGCCGGAGGAGGGGUGCCAGGAGAAGACGUGCUGCUGCUGCUGCCAGGCCAAAGAGGAAGCUCCAGACGAGAAUCCGCGGGGUGAUGAGGACAGCAAGACGUGCCAGCAAUGUGGAGGUGCCAUCCUUCCUCCGUCAGCUGGUCAAAGAGACUGAGAGGGUGGUCACCUUCUUCUUCAAAGGGGGACCCAGGGAAACGGAAAACGGGGAGGAGGACGGCUUUGAUGAGGACAACUCCAUGCCUAGCCCGUACCUGGACCGCCCCAUCUUGGAGAAGCAUGUGUCAGAAGGGGGGUCCCAAUCGGGGUUGAACUAUGCUGUGGCAAGCAUGCAGGGCUGGAGGGCUCAGAUGGAGGAUGCCCACGCCUGCAUGCCCCAGCUGAGAGGAGAGCUGUCAGAUUGGGGGUACUUUGCUGUUUUUGAUGGACAUGCAGGGACCACUGUGGCACAGUACUGCUCCAGAAACCUCCUGGAUCACAUCUUGGCAACAGGUGUGGUCAAAGCCAGCGCGGACCCCGAUCAGGUGAAGGAGGGUAUCCGUGAAAGCUUCUUGGACAUUGAUACCCACAUGCACAAACUAGCUCGCCAGGACAACUGGGACCGCAGUGGCUCCACCGCGGCAGCUGUCAUGAUCUCGUCCAGUCACAUUUACUUUAUCAACUGUGGGGACUCUCGUACCUUGCUCUGCCGUAACGGCCAGGUGGUCUUCUACACUGAGGACCACAAGCCAUUCAACCCCAGAGAAAAGGAGCGCAUCCAGAACGCUGGAGGCUCUGUGACCCUGCAGAGAGUCAACGGCUCGCUGGCGGUUUCCAGAGCAUUGGGGGACUUUGACUUUAAGGAGGUCGACUGGAGGCCUCAGACAGAGCAGCUGGUGUCCCCAGAGCCGGAGGUGUACGAGCUGGAGAGGACGCCUGAAGACGAGUUCCUCAUUCUCGCAUGUGAUGGUGUUUGGGAUGCCAUCGGUAAUGAGGAACUGUGUGCUUUUGUGCGGAGUCGCCUGCAGGUGUGUGAUGACCUGAGAGAGAUCUGCACCCAGGUCAUCGACCUCUGUCUCUAUAAGGGCAGCUUGGAUAACAUCAGCAUCAUCAUUGUCUGCCUUCCUGGCUGCCCCCAGGUGUCACAAGAGGCACUGCAGCAGGAGGCCAAGUUAGAACAACAGAUUGAUUUGAAAGUGGAAGAGAUUAUCCAGGCGAUGAGGUCCAGAGAUGAAGACCCAGAUCUUUUGUAUGUGAUCAAAAAUUUGGCUGCAGAAGAGAUGCCAGGGCUGCCACCAGGGGGAGGCAUCACCAGCAAGCGAGACUGUAUCAUCUCUGCGUAUCAGAAACACGUCAUGGCUCUCAGAUCUCAGGAGCCCAUGGACAUCGAAGGAUCGUCAGAGGAGUCAAACUAAACCUAUCACUACGGCAACAAAAUAAUCAUCCGCCACAUCAUUUUCUUGGAGAGCAGCUUUAUCAAGACACUUGAUUACUAAGAUGAGCAUUUAUUUUAUGAUUCUUUGUAUGACAUUUUCUCUUAAAGUGUUUGCUUUUCAGCUAAUUAAAGUGAAGUUCAAAUCCA